AUGAAUUUGAUGAUUAUUUCUAUUGUUUUAAUUUAUUUUAUUUUACAAUCUUACGAAAAUGUUUUUUUUUCCGUUCCUUUUACUGAACAUUUUUACAGUCUAUCAAGAAUAUAUGUAUAUCGAGGAAAAUUUUUUAUGAAUUUAAAAAAUUUAAUACGGAAAGUUUCACUAGACUUUCCAGAAGUACCAUAUAAAAAUAUAUUAUUAAAAAGAAAAUUAAUAUUUUUUGGAGAAAGAGUAAAUAAUACUCGUAGAGAUCACAGAUAUCUUCAAGUUCAAAUAAAUGGUAAAUCAAAAUACAUAACUCUUCCAUCGAAUAACGUUGUGAUAGAAUUUGUUCCGUAUCAUGGAAGAAAAUAUUUUUUUUGUAAUAGAAGCCCUUUUAAUACAUAUAAAGAAGCUAAAAUAUAUUGUGAACUUUUAGAAAAAUAUGAUAGUUUAAGAACACAAAAUAAACAUUUAGGAGUCUAUUCUCUUGCUUCUAAAAUUUGGAGAGAUGUUUGGAGAAAUUGUUAUUAUAAAUGCUUUUCACAAAAUCACUUUGAAGAAUUGAAAAAAAGACUUUUUAUUGAAUUAGGUAUGUUAAGAACUAUUUUACAUCAUUCUCCAAUCAAAUACAAUAAAGCAUUAGAAAUUAUUGCACAAAAUCAUGCAUUGAGGAAUGCUAAAAAAAAAAAACUUUUUGUAUAUGAUGAUGAAAAAAGUAAAGUACAUGAAGUUGCUACUUUUGCUAGUCCACCACUUGCUAGUGUACAAAUGAAUAAAUGGUAUAACGAAUAUAUAGAGGAAAAAACCGAUUUUAAUAAAAUAAAUAAAAAGGAAUCAAGACAAUUCUAUUUGUUAUUUUCUCGACGUAUAAAAAGUGUUGGAAUUGGAGCUUAUUUAUAUAGAAAAAAAUUAACUAUUGUAUUAACAUUCAUUUAG